AUGCAUGGGGAAGACGCUGCUUUUAGAGUUCUCUCCCUCACUGAAGAGAUAGAGAGACAAGUCGCAUCCCAAGCAUCGCUGAAGGUCCGAUUGGACAGGCUACGCAUUGAACGAGAUAGAGCACAAAAUAUGGCAGCAGCGUUGAAGGGGAGGAUGCUCAAGGCUACGGCUCUUCCAGUAGUACGCAAGCCCGAGACGAAGAACAUCAAAGUUGGACCUGAUGACGACUGUGAAUACGAUGACUACAUUGAUGCUCUCCGCAUGGAGGUUGGCGCUGUCUGA